GUUUUCACUUUCUUCUGCGGUCUCCUAUAUAAACUGCGCCUCAAGCAUUUCAUCAUCUGCUCAGCCGAAGGAUACGCACCGAAGCAAAACCCUACAGCGUCGAGGCAGCCGAUACGACAACCAUGGUGAAGUACUCCAGAGAGCCCGACAACCCCACCAAGUCUUGCAAGGCUCGGGGCUCAGACCUGAGGGUUCACUUCAAGAACACAAGGGAAACUGCAUUUGCCAUCAGGAAGUUGCCUUUGGUGAAGGCCAAGAGGUAUCUCGAGGAUGUCUUGGCUCACAAGCAGGCCAUCCCCUUCCGAAGAUUCUGCCGUGGUGUUGGGAGAACUGCACAGGCCAAGAACAGGCACUCUAAUGGACAAGGUCGUUGGCCAGUGAAAUCUGCCCGAUUUAUUCUGGAUCUGCUGAAGAAUGCUGAGAGCAAUGCCGAAGUUAAGGGUUUGGAUAUCGAUGCCCUGUACAUCUCUCACGUACAAGUGAACCAGGCCCAGAAGCAAAGGCGCCGAACAUACCGUGCUCACGGAAGAAUUAACCCUUACAUGUCUUCUCCUUGCCACAUCGAGUUAAUUUUGUCCGAGAAGGAAGAGCCCGUCAAGAAGGAGCCGGAGACUCAGCUGGCAACUGGAAAAUCAACGAGGCAUUAAUCGGUUGAGCUUUUUUUGUUUCUUUUUGUUUCGGGGGACCGCUCUGGUUUUGGUUGCUCUCUUUGCCUUAUUUUAGAGAGUUCUGUUGGGUUUUGAUAUAGAAUGUACUUUUGUUAUUCAGAUAAUGUUAUGAACAGUGAGAUGAGAUUGUCGUAUUUCGGUAAUGACAGUAGCCGACUUCUUACCUUUUCGGCAGUCUCUUUUGUUAA